AUGCCGAUGCCGAAGGUCUUGGUCAUCGCUGGCUCUGACAGCUCGGGCGGAGCCGGCCUCGAAGCCGACCAGAAGACGCUCGCCGCGCAUGGCUGCUUCGCCAUGACAGCGACGACGGCCUUGACGGCACAAAACACACAAGGUGUGCAGGACGUGCAUGUAACGCCGCCUGCUUUUGUGGAGAAACAGAUCCGGGCCGUGCUGGAUGAUGGGUUUAUGGAUGGCGAAGGAGGCAUUGUGAAGAUCGGCAUGCUAGCAUCGACAGACACAAUAUCGGCUGUUGCGAACGUCUUGGGUGAGUGUAGAGAGAAACACGGCGAAAAACUGAAGAUUGUCCUUGACCCGGUCAUGGUUUCGACAUCUGGCCACCAGCUUCUGCCGGGUGAUGCUGUCGCCAGCAUGCGCAAACUCCUUCUCCCGAUGACAUACAUCCUCACGCCGAAUAUUCCAGAGGCAUUACUACUGCUUCGGGAGGCCCAUCCUGACAAAGAAACUGAAUUUCGGUCCCCUUCGAAUCUGGACGAUCUGAAGAACCUUGCUAAGCAGGUCCACGCCCUGGGACCGAAGCAUGUUCUCCUCAAAGGCGGUCACAUGCCUCUGAACUCGCAGUGUCAGAAGGCCAAGUCCGACGAGGAUAAAGAGAAAACAAUCGACAUUCUCUUCCCUUCAACCAGCAACGAUACCGAGUUAGACAUUGUAGAUUCCCCUUACCAAGCCUCUCCCAACACUCACGGCACAGGCUGCUCCCUCGCAUCCGCGCUCGCCGCCCAGCUGGCCUCCAAGCCGUCCCAGUCCUUGUCCACCAGCUCUCGGGCGGCGAUAACUUUUGUCUCGCACGGCAUCCGGACCUCGACGACCCUCCAACUCUCCAACCGCGGCUCCGGCCCCAUCAACCACUUUCACUCUAUGCUGCACUCCCCUUUCCCCCGUGGUCACUUCGUCGACUACCUCCUCUCGCACCCGCGCAUCGUCCCCAUCUGGCAGCAGUACGUUCACCACCCGUUCGUGGCCAAGCUCGCCGCCGGCACGCUCGACGUCGACGUCUUCAAGAACUACAUGACGCAGGACUACCUGUACCUGACGCACUUCGCGCGCACCUACGGCAUGGCGGCGUACAAGAGCCAGAGGAUCGAGGACGUGGUGCGCGCGAGCGAGAUCGUGCUGCACAUCCGACGGGAAAUGGAGCUGCACCUGACGUACUGCGGGGAAUUCGGGGUGAGUCGCGACAUGAUCGAGAAGACGGAGGAGAGCGUGGCGUGCACGGCGUACGCGCGCUACGUGCUAGAUGUGGGCCAUGCGGGGGAUCUGCUGGGGCUCUAUGUCGCGCUCGCGCCCUGUCUGCUGGGCUACGGGGAAGUGGCGCGCAGGCUGUACAGGGACCCGGCGAGCAAGAGGGAGGGGAAUCGGUAUUGGCGGUGGGUGGAGAAUUACGUGGCUGAGGACUACUGCGAGGCGGUGGGCAAGGGCAGGGAGGUCAUUGAGCGGGAGGCCGAGAGAUUGGGCGUUGGGGCUGGGAGUGCGAGGUUGGAGGAGUUGGUCGAGGUGUUUGCCAGAGCAACGAGGCUCGAAGUCGGGUUUUGGGAGGAAGGAGCACAUACACCUGUUGGAGGGGGGAGCAGGUGA